CCUUCACUGCCUGGCUCCCUGCCUCUCUCUUACACUCUCUGCUCCUUUUCUGCCAAAGAGUAGGUUAAGAAAUGCCCAACUUUUCCCCCCCUUUCCAAAAAGAUCAGAAAGGCAGGGUUAAAAUCAAAAGAGACAGAAGAAGAGUUUGUGAGGGCUGGGGAGGAAAGCAUAGAAAGAAGAAAUAGAGAAAGCCAGGCAGAGGGGAAAAGAGAGAGAGGAUUUUAGAAUUCUUGCUUGGAAUAGCAACCGGUGGGGCUUGUGACACACACACACACACACACACACACACACACACACACACACACACACACACACACACACACACACACACACACACACCCCCCCUCCCUGCCCCUGUCUGCUAGGGAAAGGCAUGGCUGGGAGAUAGAAGAGGCAACCUCUUCCAUAAAGAAUUGGGACAGGAAAGAGAGCCACUAAGGCAGCAGCCAGAGAAUGGAAGAAGAACUCCUAAACUUGCUGGCAAGGAAGGAGCCCCAAAAGCACACGGCUUUGCUUUCCGGUUUCUGAACUUGGAGCCUCUUGCGUGGGUUCAUUUUUUUUUCUCUUCCCCGUUUUUUUAAAUUUCUACCAGAGUUCUCUUCCCUAGAACUACAAUACCAGCUGCAGCACAUCUGGGCAGGACUGUCCAUCCUUUUGGGCUAAGUGGGGAUCAGGAGAGACAAUCUCAUUGCCUCCCCCACAAACUGGGUAGGAAAGAAUCUUUCUGAUUGAAACCACACCAGCCCCAGCUGCUUCUCUUUAUGUGGAUACUGCACUUCCCUGGGAUUGUCUGGUUUGUGCAUCUAAGAUGUCUGGAAAAGUUCUCCUGAUGUACCUGACAAUUUGUCCUGUUCUGCAGAUAAGGUCAGAAAGCACAGAGGAAUAUGACUAUGAUUACCUGAGUGUCAAUAAAACCUGGGUCCUGACUCCCAAAGCCCAGGAGACAGACGCCACACAAAUCCUCAACUCACUGCUGAAGAACUAUGACAACAAACUGAGACCUGACAUCGGCAUCAAGCCUACAUUCAUUGAUGUGGACAUCUACGUGAACAGCAUCGGCCCAGUCUCCGUCAUCCAAAUGGAAUACACCAUUGAUAUCUUCUUUGCUCAGACGUGGUAUGACCGGCGCCUUCGCUUUAACAGCACCCUCAAAGCCCUCACUCUGAAUACCAACAUGGUGAGCCGCAUCUGGAUCCCAGACACGUUUUUCAGGAACUCCAAGCGAGCUGACUCUCACUGGAUAACCACACCCAAUCAGCUGCUCAGGAUCUGGAAUGAUGGCAAAGUGCUCUACACACUCAGGCUGACUAUAGAGGCUGAAUGUCUUCUCCAGCUGCAGAAUUUUCCAAUGGACACUCACUCCUGCCCCCUGGUUUUCUCCAGUUAUGGUUAUCCAAGAGAAGAGAUCAUCUACCGCUGGAGACGUUACUCUAUUGAGGUCUCUGAUCAACGCACCUGGAGGCUUUACCAGUUUGACUUCACAGGCCUGAGGAACACAUCAGAAGUUCUCAGAACUGGAGCUGGUGAGUACAUGGUGAUGACUGUUUCCUUUGACCUGAGUAGGCGGAUGGGCUAUUUUGCCAUUCAGACCUAUAUCCCGUGCAUCUUGACAGUAGUUUUGUCCUGGGUUUCCUUCUGGAUCAAGAGAGACUCCACACCGGCCAGAACUUCUCUAGGUGUACUCUUGAGGCAGACCAAUGAAUCCAGGUGCACUUAAAUAAUCAUCACCAAAUGAAGCAGAUCAGCUGUGCCAGGAUGCAACCUGCAGGACAACAGGCAACAUGUUCCCUGUUUGUAGAGAACUGUCUCAGGGAAUCUCAAGGCUGUGCCUCUGUAAGCAAGGAAAGCUAGGGUUUCCCCACUUAGAGAUGUACCCCAGAGCUUAUCUUUGUAUAAGCAGAGAAAGUUGAGGUUCUCCACUUCCAGAAAUGAGCCCCAGGGAAUCUUCAGAAUGCAUCUCUGUAAGUGGGGAAAGUCAGGCAGGUGCUUUCAGGGCUUUAGGAGUCUGAUCCUUGAAUAGGCUGUGCAGGAUUGGAGCUCUCAAGCCCUGAAUAUACCUGCCCAGAACAGUUGGAGAGUGAAGGCAGCUCCAGGAUGCCCUCACUUCUUGUACCAUAAACUUAACAGACAUCUGCUGCAAUAGUGUCAUAAAAUUAUUGCCAUCUUUGUUGUAGCCAUAAAUUUGGGGAUUUGUGGUAUAACACAUGGUAUAAAUCUGUUUGCUGUCCCUUUGUGCCUCCAUAAAAUUUUCUAUGGCAGUACAAAAGCAACAUCUAUUUAUACCCUAAGAGAGAAACCCUGGCAUGUGCCCUCCUUCAGUGGUAGAAAAGCUGGUGACAGUAAAAAAGAACUGCCAUUUACUACAUCAAACCAUUGGUCCAUCUUGCCCAGUCUCCUGUGUCACAGUGGCAGAGAGUGGAUGCUGAAAGGGAGAGUGAACUGGGUAUGACCACGGCUUUUUCCACUGUUCCUCUCUCACUUGCAGCCUCCAGCAUUUAAGGCCUAGGAAGUUUUGAUUCAGAGGCUGUGCCCCUAACUCAUGCUGAAAAGCUACUGCUGCACCUUUCCUCCAAGAAUUUAUCCAAUCCUUUCUUGAAUCUGGCUAAACUGUCAGCUUCCACAUUAUCUUGUGACAAUAAGUUCCAUCCACAUUUUAAUUACAGGGUGUGUGGAAAAGAACCUAUUUUUUUAGAUUUAAACUUACUACUUACUAGAGAUGUAAAAUUUCUGUACAUUUUGAAGUUAUGGGGAAAAAAAACAUUUUUUUCUGGAAAAAAAUGGAAAUUUUGGGGGAAAUUGAAAUAUACGCAAUACUUAUUUUCUUAGCACCCUUUACAGGUCUAAAUUUACUUUGGUACUUUAAGAACAUAAAAUGUAUUAUGUAUAACUUGAUUAGCUCAUAAAAUCAUCAUGUUUGAUAUAUUUAUUAAAUUUAAAAGUAUAGUUUAUUCAGACACAAAUUACAAAUUUACUAGUUGAAUUUACUUUAAAAUGUUUUAAAUUUUUGUUACAAAUGGAGCUACAAGCUGCUGAACUCUAAGGAACCUAGCAUCUCUUAGUUUUUGCCAGUUUAUGAGAAGCAGGCAAAAAUUAACGUUGAAAAUAGAAGAAAUCAUCAACAUUAUAGUAAAACAGAGAAAGUUAUUAUGUAUUCUAGACUUAGUCUCCUCCACAGUGUCAAGCAGAUACAGAAAGCACUCAUUUUUAGAAAAAGAGCUGGAAAAAAAAAGGAAAAAAAUACCAAGACUCAUUGAAUACAAAUUUUGCUACAUGAAACUUUGUCUAAUCAGUUUCGUUUUCUGAGCUAUCGCUAUCAGGAGUUUCUGCUUCUUCUGAUUCUUCAUUUCAUCGUUUUCAUGGACUUCUGAAAACUGUAGGUUUGCCUGGAUUGAGACAAGCUUCUCUACUCUUUCACAUGUACAUUUAUUUCUUGAUUUGGUGUGAGUAUUUCCAAACAUAGACCAGUUUCUUUCACAUGCUACAGAAGAUGGAGGAAUCUGAAGCAGGCGAGAAGCAAGAGGAGUUAGAGGCUGUGUCCUGCAAAGGCCUUGCCACUAUGUUGCAGGAGGGAUGUGGUUGCCAGUAUCCCAAACUGCAUUCCUGGACUGAAUACCUGAAGAUGUUCUAUAUUCUGCAACAUUUGAAAGUAUCUUUCCAACAUCAAGUCCUAAGUGUGUUGCUUGUUUUGUAAUCCAGUCAAAUGCAGUAGCAGACAGUUCUGCCUUUGAAUCUUGGAUCCAUGAGAUUUGCAGCAGCAUGAAGUGAUUGGCAACAAACAUUCUUCCCAUCUGUUAAUAAAGUCUUUCACUUUUCUUUCUUAUGUGCUUGUAAGUGGAGAUAUAUUUAGGCUUUAGAAUCUUCAGGGAGUUCUGCUGCUGAACCCAGAAGACAUCCUCAUCAAGUACAGUGUUCCUCACACUUCUGGAUACUUUAAGAUCCUCAAUUAUUACUAUUUCUUGAAGAGCUUCUUUAUUUUUAGUAAACUUUCAAAUGAGAUCACCACUCUACCCCAUCUAGUUUUACUACAGAGUUUGUGUCACUAUUUUAUUCUUUGCAUUUUUUCUUCCUGCUUCUUCUUAAAGACUACAGCUACAAUAUGAGUAGCUUUUACAUGUUUUAUAACUUAUUUUGCUCUUCUAUAGAUCUUUUGCAGAGUGUCCAACUUCAUGAUUUCAUUAAGAAGCAAGCUUAGCCCAUGAGAUGCACAUCCUAUUGCAGUAAUAUGUGGUUAUUUAUCCAUUAGGAUCUCCCAUACUGUUUUCAUGUUACUUGCAUUGUCAGUCAGCAAAGCAAAUACUUUACCACUCCCAAUCUUCUGUAGGACUUCACAUAUUUUACUGCAGCUAUACUUUGCAGUAUGCCUGUUCUCUCCUGUUUCAAUGCUUAUGUAAAAAACUGGUUGAGGUGUUGUUAUCAUAAAGCUUAUGAUUCCUUCUCCCCACGCACUUGUCCAUCCAUCUGUAAGUACUGCAAGACACAGUGCUUCAUUGAUUUUUCCUUGCAUAGAUUGCAUUACACGUUCAUAUUCUGACUCUAAAAGAGGCUUGCUCAAAGAAUGCCUGCUUGGCAAACAGUAUGAUGGUCUUAGUAAUUUAAAAGCUUCCUGCCACUAUGCAUUUUUAGUUAUUGACAAUGGUGUCCCAGAAGAAUAUAUUGCUCUUGCAAGAGCUUGGUCAUCUUUUUCCUGAUCUUCAGGUGUCAUCUUGUCUAGAAAUGAAGCUAUUGAGAGUCUUUUGUAUACAGUUGGUUGCAAUAUUUGGUUACUUGAGGAUGUUGAUUGGGCAACCCUUUGUGAUGCUGAUGUUAAAGAAGAAGGAGGAGGAGGAGGAGGAAGACUUCUGGAUCAAGAACAUUGGAAAUUGCUACUUGCACUUUCAUCAUCAUGAUCUACUUCCUCCUCUCUUACACCCAUGAAGGAUUUUUUAAUAUCUACCGGACACUUCUUACAUACAAGGAUGUGUUUUGUCAUCCUAGUAGCAUUUGGAAAUGCAUAUUUCAUUUGACAGUAUUUGCAAAUCACAUUUUUUUUCUCUCAUAAUAACUUGCAGUGUGGAAAUGUUUCCAUAUGCUAGAAGUUGGCUGCACCACUUUGCUGAGGGAGAAAAAAGAAAAAUAUAAUUUAGUGGCUAGCUUGCAUAUAUAAACAUUAAGCUACAGCAUGUACAAAUUUAGUAAUGGAGGCCUCCUCAGAGUUAACUGUGAACAACUGCCCUGCCCUGCAGGCCUCGCUUCACUGCUUAGGUUGGGUGAUUUGUCACAAAACAUCAGAUUAGUAGGAAUUCAAUUAUGAAUUACAUAGGUUAUGAAAAUAUAUGAAUGCAGCUAAAAUAUAGCUUAAUAUACUGAAUUCAGAGAAAUUUAAACUCUUACCUUUCAAUCAAGAAGUAUAUUUUCUUUCAGUUCCUUUGUGUUGCUCCUGUACUUCUGUGGAUCUCAAGGUCACAGGGUCAGGAGGAGGCAGGCUCCUUCUAAUUCCAAAACCUUUAGACUUGCUCUAUCUCCUCUCCUGAGGCUUUUGAGCAAGCAAAGCAAUAAGCUCCCUGUUUCUAAUCUCUUCAGGAAUGAAUGGAUGCUGCUGCCAGUAUCCAGUUACAGUCCUUUGAGCCUAGUCAGAAGGACGGCAGCAGAUCCAUCAACCUCUAAAUCAAAAGUCAACAAUCGUGGAAGUCCACAAGCAAAGAAGGCACUGAAUCUUUCUUCCUUCUCAUGUAAAAAUGGCAGUGCCCCCGGGGGGCAGAAAUGCAUCUUGAGAAUUGUACUGUACUGCUUGUCCUCGGUGUACAGGAAUUGUAAUGAUCUGAUACUGUAGAUAGUCUUACAUAAAAGUCUUCCUAUUACAUAGUCAUUAGAAAACAUUUUGGGGAGUACAGGGUAGCAGUAUAUGAACACCUUGUCUUAAACAUUUUAUUCAUCAUUCUAAAAGAAAAUAUUUCAUAAGAGAUUUUUUUAAUGUUUCCAAAAAAAUUCAAUUUUUCUAAUUUUUCAGGGAAAAAAAAAAAGUCCUCAGGGAAAAAACAGGAAAAAGCUUUUUUUUCUGAAUUGGUCUGGUUUUUUUCCAGGCCUUCACAUCUCUACUACUUACUGGUUUCAUUUUAUGACUCCUAGUUCUUGUAUUGUGAGAAAUAGUAAAUAAAAAAACUCUAUUUACU